AGUCUUCAGGCUGGCCUCCCCCUUCCGGAACCUGGAGCUUGAACCAGGGAUCUUCCUAUGGAUGGGAGAUGACGGCAAACAGAGAUGGGAGAGACUACUUCAUCAAUCACAUGACCCAGUCAGGCCCUUUUGAUGAUCCUCGAUUAGAGAGCUGCCAAAUAAUACCUCCAGCCCCCCGGAAAGUGGAGAUGAGGAGAGAUCCUGUGCUGGGAUUUGGUUUUGUAGCUGGCAGUGAAAAACCAGUGGUCGUACGCUCUGUAACGCCAGGGGGACCCUCUGAAGGAAAACUUAUCCCAGGAGACCAGAUCAUCAUGAUUAAUGAUGAACCAGUGAACACUGCUCCAAGGGAGAGAGUCAUCGACCUCGUCAGGAGCUGCAAAGAAUCUAUCCUCCUUACUGUUGUUCAGCCUUACCCUUCUCCUAAAUCGGCAUUUAUCAGUGCUGCAAAAAAGGCCAGAUUGAAGUCCAACCCUGUCAAAGUGCGAUUCUCAGAAGAGGUCAUUAUUAAUGGCCAGGUCUCAGAAACAGUUAAGGAUAAUUCACUUCUUUUCAUGCCAAAUGUUCUGAAAGUAUAUCUUGAAAACGGGCAAACCAAAUCUUUUCGCUUUGACUGCAGUACUUCAAUAAAGGAUGUCAUCUUAACACUUCAAGAAAAGCUCUCCAUUAAGUGUAUUGAACACUUUUCUCUGAUGCUGGAGCAGAAGACUGAAGGGUCUGGAACCAAACUUCUCUUGCUACAUGAACAAGAGACUCUAACUCAGGUGACCCAGAGGCCAAGCUCCCACAAGAUGAGAUGUCUCUUCAGAAUAAGCUUUGUUCCCAAGGAUCCUAUAGAUCUUUUGCGAAGAGAUGCAGUUGCCUUUGAAUAUCUCUAUGUACAGAGCUGCAACGAUGUGGUUCAGGAGAGGUUUGGACCUGAACUCAAAUAUGAUAUUGCACUGAGACUGGCAGCAUUACAGAUGUAUAUUGCAACUGUGACUACAAAACAUACUCAGAAAAUCUCCCUCAAAUACAUUGAGAAAGAAUGGGGGCUGGAGACUUUUCUUCCAUCUGCUGUACUGCAGAGCAUGAAAGAAAAGAACAUAAAGAAAGCACUUUCACACCUUGUCAAAGCAAAUCAAAACCUGGUUCCUCCAGGUAAAAAGCUAUCUGCUCUGCAAGCUAAAGUACACUAUCUCAAGUUUCUCAGUGAUCUACGGCUGUAUGGGGGCCGAGUAUUCAAGGCAACACUACUGCAGGGAGAGAAGCGUUCUGAAGUGACAUUGCUGGUGGGACCACGAUAUGGCAUCAGCCACGUCAUUAACACCAAAACAAACCUGGUGGCCCUGCUGGCUGAUUUCAGCCACGUGAAUAGAAUCGAGAUGUUUACAGAAGACGAAACCACUGUUAGAGUUGAGCUUCAUGUGCUAGAUGUAAAACCAAUCACUUUGCUAAUGGAAUCCUCCGAUGCCAUGAAUCUUGCCUGUUUAACAGCGGGAUAUUACAGACUUCUUGUUGAUUCCAGGCGCUCAAUAUUUAACAUGGCCAGUAAGAAAAAUGGUGGAAGCCGUGAAGCAGGGAUUGAAACUAAGGUGAAGCAUAACCUCCAUGGGACUGAGUGGAAUUGUGUAGCGAAGACCACUACUUUCCCAGCAGAGGGAGAACAUGAGACGCACAUGUUUGUAGACUCAAAACAGAAAACUGCAGAUGCUUCUGACAGCACCUUAUGCCCAAAAGAUCACAGGCAUCUGUACAUAGAAAGUGUCUAUCAUUCAAGUGAAUUUGAUCAGCAGCUGGCUAAACAGAAUGACUCUGCAGAGGCGGAAGAAAACGGAAGUUUAAGCCAGCAGUCUGCACUGUCAUACUCAGGACUGGAAUCCAGCAAGAAAGCACAGGGAUCUCCAAGGGCAGCAAAAGUAUCCUUUAUAUUUGGAGAUCACAGUUUAGAUGGCAUUAAUCCCCAAACUCUUGGCUAUGAGAGACUGUUGGAUGAAAGCCCAGAAGCAUUGGAUAAGCAAAGAGCUCUUUAUAUGAGCCAUACCAGUGAAAUUAAGGGGUUGGAGUUGUCCCCGGAUGCAGAAAGCAUUCAGUUUGCUGCUAAUUCUGUGUAUUCAGGCUUAAAUGAUAACAAAAUCUUUGGAGCUGCUGAAGGAAUAGAAGAGCCUUUGCUACAUGAUAUUUGCUAUGCAGAGAACACAGAUGAUGCUGAGGAUGAAGAUGAAGUAAGCUGCGAGGAAGACAUAAUGGUGGGAGAAAUCAGUAGGCCUGCUCUGCUCAGCCUUUCAGGGUCCAGUGAUGACAUCAUUGAUCUGACAUCACUCCCACCUCCGGAAGGGGAUGAUAAUGAAGAUGACUUCCUAUUGCAUUCGCUAAACAUGGCCAUUGCUGCUCCUCCACCUGGAUUCAGGGAUAGCUCUGACGAAGAAGAUUCUCAGAAUCAUACAACACAGUACAGAGAAGAUAAAGAUCAAACUAAUAACAUAGGUAAUGAUGAUAUUCCUGUGUCACUUAUUGAUGCUGUCCCUACUAAUGCCGAAGAAAAAUGUGAAAAGAGGCUAGAUGAUGCUGUGGUUUCUACUCUUCAAGCGCUGGAGGCCUUGGCAGCUUCAGAGGAACAGCAGACAAAUGACAAUUCAGGUGUAGCCAUCUUGAGAGCAUAUAGCCCUGAAUCAUCAUCCGAUUCUGGCAAUGAAACAAACUCUUCUGAAAUGACUGAAAAUUCUGAAUUGGCCACAGCACAGAAACUGAGUGAAAAUGCCACUCGCAUGUUUUUAUCUGCUAAUGAAGGUUAUCAACCUCUUGUGGAACCCCAGGCUGAAUAUUCCAUCACCAAGAAUCAAGCUGGAGGACUUCUUAUGAAAUCCUCACAGUCUCCAGCUAAUCAGCAAGUUACAGAACUGCAGUCUAAAGUUGUGCCUUCAAAGCAGAUUCUUCAUUCAGAUAACAUGGAGAUGGAACCAGAAACCAUGGAAACAAAGUCUGUUACUGAAUAUUUUAGUAAGCUGCAUAUGGGGUCUGUUGUGUAUUCUUGCACUACUAAACGGAAAAAUAAGGUUACUGAUGGGGAAGCAAAAGCAACCCCUGAUGGCAAUGCUGUUAUGAAAAAACAACAGGGAACUAAAAAAACAGACACUGAUGAGCAAAAGGGCAAAUUCGGCACUCUUUCCUCAAGAGAGAGUCAACGCAUAAGCACUUUUAAUGUGGAAAGAACUGCCUUUCGCAAGGAUGGCCAAAGAUGGUAUGCUGCUUCAGACGAGGGAGCAGUAGAGAAACCAAAUUUGGAACCAGUGAAUGGGAAGACUGUUCCAAGAGUUUCUAGUUUGGGGAAAAUGGAAAUGGAUUGCAAAGAUGAGAUGCAUCCUGAGAUUGAUCAUGGUGGUAUUUUAGAGCACGAGCCAGAGGAAAAUUUUGUAUCAGAUGUGACCACUCUGUCUUCACACAAAGACCUAAACAACCCUGAAGACAUUGACUUAUCUGAUGACCAUUCGUCAAAACUUCCAGAAGCAGAGCAGAGUGUGACUAGAUUAUGCGAGUAUCACUUAGCUAAGCGUAUGUCAUCCUUGCAGAGUGAAGGCCAUUUUUCACUACAAAGCUCACAGUGCUCUUCGGUGGAUGCAGGAUGUAGCACAGGCAGCAGCACAUGUGGAACCCCAGUUGAAUCUCCCCUUUGUAACUCAGAGGCUAAGCACAUUAUGCCUGAUACAAUGGGAAAAGGCAUGAGCUAUAUUCCAGUGGAUGAAAGAGCUGCCAUGCUUCCCAGCCACGGAACAACAUACAAGGACCUGCAUCCGCAGUCUGAAACUGUGUGUCACAGAAUGGCAGUGCCUGUUAUGCAUUCCCCAGUUAAUUCCGCUGACCCUCUGUUUGGCACUUUAAGAGAUGGAUGUCACAGAAUCCCCAAGAUUAAAGAAACCACAGCUUUCACAGAGCCUGUGACUGGAAGACGAGGAGGCAUGCCUUCAGCUUUCCCUAAACAGCCCAGAGCUGAUUCCAUCAUGCUAUCAUCCCACAUUCACUCAGAAUCAAAGGUGCCAAGUCAAAAUCAAGACUCUUUUGAUGCUCCCAAAGUCAACCAGUCAGGUGGGAUAACGGUUUGUUUAUGGCCAUACGAUAUGAUGGGAGGAAGCCUCAGAAUGCCGCACAAGAAGAAAGUUUUGCGCCGUAGCAACAGUGUUGUUGCAGAACCUACAGGCAUUGAGAUGUUUCUUGAAGAAAAGGAGAAAACCACCGUGAGCUUGAUAAGUAUGGAUACCAGUGAAGCAGAUGACUCAAAGUUAGAAAAAAGAGGACAGCUUCCUCUGGGCAAAAUGUUAUCCAAAAGUUAUUCCCAGAGCUCUGGGAAUAUCAGCAUGAGCAGUAAAAGGUCUCCCAUCUCGAACACCACACAGAAGGAUUCCAAACAGUACAGAACAUUACCCUUACGGAGGCUAGAUGCCAGCAACUGGAAAUGUCAUGGACCCUUUAGUUCUUGCUUCCUAAGAAGAGGAACUGCUGAAGAUGACGAUGAUGAUGACGAACAUAAAAACAGCACGCAGCUUUCAUGCUUCUAUCAACCUACAGAACAGCAUGAAGUAGCAGAAAAAUCUAGUCCAUUUUUUUCUGCUCUAAAUGAAGAAAAUGAGAAAGAAAGUAUAGGAUCCCCCCAGGAUACUGUAAACAGUCAAAACAACAUGAACAAGCCUGAAGACCUGGAUGGUAAAACCCAUGUGAAUCUCAGCAAUAUGUCCUUUGAUGCACAAAUUGCAAGGCUCAGUUUAAUGAAGGAGAAGAAUUAUGCAGUGCCUGAUGGAUUUCUUGCAGCACAAAGGGAUGCUAAUGAGCUACUCUGUUUGGUCCGAUCCAGUGUGGGAAAGAGGGAUGAUGUAUGUCAAGAAACAUAUGACCUUAAACUUUCUCAGUACAAACAACUGUUAUCUGUAGAAUCAAGACAGUUGGGAAGUGCCUGCAGGAAAAUGGCCAUGGCUGAAAAAAGCCCUGAGGAAAUGCUUGUAGCUAUGACUUCUAGCUUUCAAGUACUCUGUUGCUUAACAGAAGCCUGCAUGCGUUUAGUUAAAAUCAUGAACUCUGAAACACAGCAGGAGGAAAUUGUAGCUAAAAUAGAUGAAGUUGUAAUAAACUAUAUUUGUCUUCUAAAGGCUGCAGAAGCAGUGUCUGGUAAGACCUCCAGUGACUCUAGCAUUAAACUCUUGGCUCGUCAUUCGACUACCAUGGCCACUAUCGUAAGCACACUAACACGUUCUCUUAAAACUCUUUUAAAUAAAUAAACUGAAGUCACUUCAUAAUCUAUCUUUGCAAAGCCAUACAUAAAAUCUUUUAUUUACCUGUUAUGUGUAUGAACUAAA